AAAACUUUAUUGAGAUAUACGGCAAACACACAUUGGUACAGCCUUCUCGAUGUCCUUGUAAAUGCGAAUGCAGACUACGGUUUUUAAAACACCUGGGCUGCAAAUAUAUUCGUUUAUUUAACAAUCCGUUUCUGCUCGGUCAUUGUUACGUUUGUUUCUACUUCGUUUUUGGCUCAUGGCUCACAGGAUUUUCCCAUUAAUAAAGCUGGUCACCAAGGUGGGUGUGGCCGGCGGGGCAGUGUACGUGGCCUAUGACCAGAGGUUGCUGGGGGACAGUGUCCAGGGCUCAGAGGUGCUGACCAAGGCCAAAGCUGCAAUCCCCCCUGCUGUGGACGAGUGGAUGAAGUACUUCGGAUGGGAGCUUCCUUCUCCUCCCAAAAUAGAGUUUUCCGCUUUGGAAACGUGGAAUACCGGCGUUCAGAAGCUGACGCAGACCCUCUCCGUCGCCCCCACGCGAGCGUGCGAGUACACCAGCCAAGGCUGGCAGUACAUGAAGGGCCUGGCCAAGUGAGGAGGGGUGCCCUGGGCAUGCCCGCCAGCUCCUGCCCACCCCCCCUCCCACGCCAACCCAGACACCUCCACUCCUGCAUCGAGCAACACCUCCAGCCUCGUCCACAGGCCCCUCAGUCCUGAGGGCUUCGUUACUCUGAACCCACGUAACAAUUGUGAUCUGCAUAUCUUGAGGAUCAGAGCUCGAAUAAGUUCUUUUUUUUGUGCUCUGGCUCUCAGAAACCCUAAAAACAACCAACCUUCAGAUCUGCACACGUUGACACUGAACAGCAGAAGGUUUUUUCCCCUGUCUGACCAUAAUUUAACCUGUCGUUUAUUUAGCCUUUGGCAGAAGACGAGCCUCUGUUAUUUAUAAAAAUAAACCUGGGAAGUCGUCUGGAAAUCGUAUACAGCAGGCACAUUCAUAUUACCCUGAUCUGCAACAUCACUUAUGUAAUAUAAUUGAGUUCAACAGGGGUUGCAGUUCCUAGAGCCACCUCUAGGAGGUGUCCUUUCCCCAUCGGUAGUGUCAGAGUGAGUGCCUGCAGGAGGAAUCAGAUCUGUUUUGGCUGAAGCAAAGUCUGAGACGUUAUGCUGCACUGGACCCGAGAGUUACAUUCUUCACCGCCUUUACUUGUAUGUUACCAUGUUUUAUACCGAACUGAAGUCUGUAAUAAUCUGUAAAUAAUGAUAAUGUACCACCUUCAGAGUUACAAAGGACAAAAAUAAAAGCCCUUCAGUAUCUUUUACAAGGCAAAAGGGUUUCUUGCAGUG